CAGAUGGGGGUGGCGGAGGAAGCGGCACUAGCAGCGGAGGGAGCGGCUCCCGGGAGGUCCACAAGAACGGCUGGCUCAAGCGGAUGCCCACCCAGGAGCGUCGACUCUCAGUCAUGGCACCCUUCGCUAAGGGACAGUGGUGCUCCUAGGACAAAUCUGAAUUAUAGCAGAUAGUAACCAGUCAAGUAACCAGGAAACUUUUACAUCAUUAGGAGGACUAAGUAGGACCUCUCUGCAACUCUUCACGAUUGAGGUAAGUGUCGGUCCUUGCAUGCGGGCCAUUUAAUUUAGUAAUUCCAGUGUUAGUAUAUUUUAUUAACUAGUGCACAAUGGAGAGAGUAGUAGAAGAAUUGAUGGUUGCACCUUCUCUAGAAGGAAUUCGAACUCUCAAGAAGUCAGCUUUAGUGUUCAUGGGACAGUAUUGGCUAGAGGUUUGUUUCUUAUAGCAUGGGAAAGCCCUAGCAAUUAAAGCAAUUAUUGUAAACUUGGUAGAUAGAGGACGACGAGGUUGAAAAGGCUGUUUUAGAACAAUUGUCAGUAGGGUCAGGUGACCAAAUUGCUUUAAAGCGUUUAGAGCUACAAGCUCAGAGGUUUACCUUUGGCAGAGAAAGAGUUACAGUUAGCAAAGUUCUUGGUGUAAACAGAACUAAGAGAGGUUCAGUUGGAGCUAGUUAGACUCUAGGCAGAAACACAAACAAAGCAGAAACAAAUAGAGAUGGAAGUUCAAGCAAUUCAGCGGAAGAAUCUAAACAGAUAGAAGCUAGGCAAUAGGCAGAAACAUACAAUUAGAGAUUCAGUAAUAAAUGGCCACUGAUCAAAUUAUGGUAGAAGAGUAGAGCACAGUAGCUGGUCAAGUGGGUAGUGAGACGUCAGAUGGAGCCACAAAUGGUUGUAGGGUAAAUAGAGGUUAUAUUUACCAAAUUUCUAUGAGAAAGGCCCUGAAAUUUUCUUCCAUCAUUUAUUCAAAAUUGCAACUCUUAUGAAUUAGCCAGAAAACCAGUGAGUAGCCAUCGUGCAACGUCAAUUUAAAGGCAAGGCCCAUACAAUUUUUGCUUCUUUACCUACAGCAGAGAGUUUUAAUUUUAGUUUGUAAGAGCAUUUUUACAAGGAUACAAAUUAACACUAGAGGUACACAGGUUAAAAGUUAAGGCAGUUGAAACAUAGUUAUGUCCAGAAUAUAACUGAUUUCACUGGAUUAAAAGUGCCCAUUUUGAGUGAUGACUUGCUUAAAGUUACUGAGUAUGAGUCCUUAAAAAAAAUCUGAUUUUAAUAGAGGAAGUUUUGUCAUGUCUGCCAGAGAUUAUUCAUCUACCUAGCUGAAAGGGCAAUUCUAAUAAUUUUGAAGAACUAGCUAGAAUAACAGACGAGCAUGAACUCCUUAAUAAAGUACUAUUUAAUGUCCAGUAUAAUAAUAAUUAUAAUAACUCUAAGUGAGUUAAUCUUUUCAGUCAAAACCCUUCUCGACUCCACAUUCCAUCCACAUGACCUCUAGAAAUUUCAGUAGGGAACAAAGCUUCUGGGUAAUCUUAUUAAUAAAUCUAAUGUGGGAACGGCCUGUUCAACCUCUGAUAAAAUUUACUUGCAUUGUAAGAGGUGAGAUCAGGUUGUAAAGUCUUGUUGGCAGCUGUACCCUGAAAUGAGGCCCAGGUCCUUUGUUAUAUGUAAAAGACUGGUGAUUAAUUCUUCCAAUCUUGUCAGUCAUACUCCAGUAUUGGCAGACUUCAAGCCCAUUAUGUCCACAGGAUACCUUUUGAGUAAUAAUGGUAUUUAAAAGUCAAUGGUAGCCAUAAGAAACACUGGUGCUUCUCAAACUAUAAUUUUGGACAUUGUACUAUCAGAUAAUAAGAUAGAUACUGGUGAGGUUAUUUAAUUCCGGGUAUUGCUGGUCCAGUUCAUCAGAUACUUCUGACUCAAGUUAAGUUGGGGAGUAAGUUCACCUUAGGUUUUUGUACCAUUGGUGUUAGUGCCCAGUUUCCUUAAUCCAGUGUUGAUGUGAUCAUGGGUAAUGAUCUUGCUGAUGGGCAAGUUGUUGGGAAGGAAUGGUAGCAGAACCUAAGAUUGCACUGGCACAGAAAGAUACAGAGGAUGGUGUUUUUCAUCCUGUAUGCACUGUGAUCAAACCAAUGGAUGGUAAGUCUAAGGGCAGUCUUGCUACUACCAAGGGAGGAGUGGGAGGUGGAUCUUUCAAAAGUAUUCCUGGCUAGCUUAGAUGAUGUGUGGAAUCUACUGCAGGGGCCCUGCCUGAACCUAGCAUAGGGGAAGGUGUUGGUGAGGUCAGAGUUCUAAUGACUUGCCCACUCACUCCGAGUUAGUAUAGUCACACCUUGAGUGAGUUAUAGAGGGCUGACACCAAUCUUUCCAAAUGUUGUGCAGAAGCCAUCUCUUCAAUAGAUGCACUGGAGGAAUCAACAGGAUACUAUUUCCAUGAUCAGGUUUUGAUAAGAAGAUGGAGACCCCCCAUGUGUCUUCCUCGUCAGGUGUCCAUGAGAUAGUUAACCAACUUGUUCUUCCUAGUGACUACUGUGAGAUAGUCCAGACAGAUGAACAUUGUUUAUCCUAAACCUCUAAAUAAGCAUUAGAGGUUUAAUCUUGUGGCUUGCACUGUUGUUUGUGCUACCAGGAGUGAGGAAGAUUUGGGCAUUGUGAAAUUGGUUAAACCUGAUCUGUUUACUUCUAGUUCGAUUGGGGAGAUGCUGUAUCAUUUACAGGGGGACCAGCGUGAUGAGGAACAGCGGCUCCUGGAGGAGUUUGGCAGCAUUUUUGGGAAAAUUCCUACCUAGACAAGUCUCAUCAGCCAUGAUGAUCAACUCACCAACCCCACACCUAUUCGACUUCAUAUCCACAGGGUGACCACAGGAAAAAGGGCCAUAAUAAGCAGCCAAGGGAGAGAAGGUGUGGGUGUCGUUCUGUGUCCAUGAUGAGGCAGAAGGUUGGCUUGAAUUCUACGAGAACCGCCGUUCAGCCUUCAGUCACAACCCCAUCCACCGGACGGCACUCUCCCGGUGCCUGCACGUCUCUCCCUCCAUUAGAGUCCAAGAGGACAAUGAACAUGUCUUUGCCAUCACUCUUGAAGGAGAGGUCAUCAAGUUGGGAGCUCAGAGCAGGGAGCAGAUGAUGGAGUGGAUUGAUGCCCUACGGUGCCGCCUGAGGGAGCUUGGUGUCCUCACCCCGAAAGAUAACCUCUACAGCAGGGAGCCAGAAACCCUCCGUUCUCCCUUGCUGAGGAAUCCCAACUCUCCCCUGCCCCCAACCCCCACUGCCUUCCAGUUCCCGCCACACGCCCUGGAGUUCAGAGACGAUGUGUCCAGCCUCCACUCGAUGCGUGUGGGUCUGAGUCCUGGUGGAAGCCUGACACUGUCCACGGCAUCAGGGCUGUCUGCCAUGUCUGCCUUGUCCUCCAUGCAAAGCCUUAACUCUGUGUCGUCUGGUUCCUCUGACCCCAACACCUCACCCUCCUCGGUUGUCACCUACGUCAGGCACCACCAUGAUCCUCCACUUAACAGGAGAUCAUCAUUCAGGGCAUCCCUACCCAGCUCUCCCACCACCCCCUCCAAUACCUCCGGUUCCCUCACCUUCCUCAGGUCUCCGCCCGGUCCACAGCUGACACCUGCCCGGGAACACGUCACAGUCAUCAACGUGCCGUCAACUUCCUCCUCUGUUUUCAACUUCGAGAGUGUGGGCGCGGCGCUGGAGUCCAGUGGCGGGAUGGCCAACUCCGAGCUGUACGGCGCUGUCUACCCGACCGACCCAUCCCUCGCCGACUCCACCGACACGCUUGAUUCUGGUGCUGACCAGUCCUACACCGCCAUUGCAGACCCCAACACUCUUCACCUGCGUGUUGGCAAUUCCCUGGGGGUGGGCGGUGGGCGGCCUCCCUUGCCCCCGGGCCAGAGGGCCACCGGCUACAGUGCCAGUGGGGCGUGUGGAGGUGCCACGGCAUAUGGUGGUGCCGAGGGUGCCAGCGGCAGCAGUGUCGCAGGUGGUAGCUGGUCUAACGUCAACAUGGUGGAUGAAGAAUCGUACGAGCCACUAUUCCUGGCGAGCGGUGUGGGCGCCACAUCCUCACCGCCACCAGUGCCACAGGCACCACAGACAGGACUUCUACGACGGCGCUCCGAACACCGACGAUCUGGGCGUCGGGAACAUGGGCGGCGAGCUGCUUCAGUCGGUCCCUCCAUCACCCCCAAGCAGCCCCAGCCGCAGCCGCAGCAGCAGUACCAGGUGGGACAGGACGGAAGACUCAUGAGUCUGAGAGAGCAACAAGUUGUGAGGCUGCAGAGAGAGAUCGCUCACCAGGCCGGCGUCAGACUCUCCCUACGCAAGAAAGACUGCCUCAACUCCAUCGCCUUUGUCAACAUAUUCAACCAUGUGUACGUGGCUGGUUGGAAGCAGCGAGAACACCCAUACUUACAUAACACAUUCCAUAUUGGUGACCGCCUGGUGAGUGUGUGUGGCGUACCCAUCUCUACGGCAGCUGAGGUCAACAACAUAAUUAAGAAUGAGCCCACAGCUAUGGUGGAGUUCAUCAUCAGGCGUGUGCCCCACGGGAAGGUGUUCGCACUGAAGAGGGAAACGGAAGGCCAACCUCUGGGUGUGAUUCGGGAAGGCAACACUGCUCAGAUCAAGGAGAUUGUUGCCGGAGGUCUGGCAGCCCUACACGGAGUGCCACCCAAGGCCCAGACUAUGGACUCCCUGUCUCUCUGCUCCUGGGUUCUCACCGAGAUCAACCACCGACCGCUCAACCUAUUUUUCAAGCACAUGGAAAUUGCUGAUCGUCUUAAUGCAGUCGGACGAGAUAUCUCCAUUCUCGUUCAGCCGAUGGACCUAGUCAAAGCAUUGAAGAAGGGCUUAAAGGCUCUUAAAGGCUAUAAGGAUUACAUAGUUAUGUGAAACCUUAACUAAGUCAUAAGUGAACAUUUUUGUUAGCAAACCAUGUUAUCUGAUGGCACUAAAACUGCUGUGUUGACCCUCGAGCAAAGACACCUUAUGCUAGCCAACAUUGGAAUGUCCAGCCAGGUUACAGCAAGAUGUGCUGGGGUGUGUGGCAGCUGGAUUACUGCAAGAUGUGCUGGGGUGUGUGGCAGCUGGAUUACUGCAAGAUGUGCUGGGGUGUGUGGCAGCUGGAUUACUGCAAAAUGUGCUGGGGUGUG